AUGCCCACGCGACCACCGGGUCCCAAAUCGGCCAGGUCCAAGGGAUCGGCCGAAGAAGAAGAUGCCCAGAAAGACGCUCGCCAGAACCCAGGAAAUGACCCUCUCGCGAUUUCUCAAGAGGCUCUCAAGUCGGCAAUAUGGUAUACCGUCGCUCAGAUCGUUCAAGAAGAAGAAAUUGAUCUACAACGUUCAGCAACCGAGCCAUUUGUAGCCUCACUCACCGACCUCGUCUAUGCGCAGUGUGAGACGCUUGCGUUGGAUCUGAAAGCCUUUGCGGCUCAUGCCAAUCGUAACACUAUUCGUGCAGAGGAUGUUAAGUUGGUGGCUCGAAAGACGACUGCAUUGCAAGGAGAGAUGAGGGACGAGCUACAAAGAUACGAACAGGCAUCGAACACUGAUAAAUCCACCAAGGCAAAAGCUGCUUUCAAGCCACCUGCACCUCGUGCCAAAGCUAAGCCCUGA